AUGCGCACUAUUGGCGGUGUCUUCUGUGUGGAUGCCCAUGUUGUGGAUCGCAACAUGGAACUCGUCAAGUCGCGGUUGCGUUCGGGAAUGUCGGGAGUGAAUGGAAAACUGGCCGUGCGGUUGAAUGUGGACGCCAGGGGUGAUGUUGAUGCGAGCCAACUCCGAAUCUUUCCGGCUACCGUGUGUCAGUCAGGUACCGGUAUACGAAUGACAAAUAUCUUGGCCAUGUCGGAGGUUCGCAUUGGCGAAGACUUCUUGGAGAGAAGCGACAUCGCCCUACAGCUUGGCUUGAUAGUAUCCUCAAACUUGAAAACUGUCGGCAUCAAGAGUCUUUCGCGUGACAACAGCUUGGUAAGCUCGCUUGAGUAUGGAAUAGAAGCCGUGGAGAUAGUUACAUUGUCACUCGGAAGGCCCGAAUGCUACCCGCUCGCACAAUGUGGACCAUCAGACCCUGCAGCUCUUCCGCGUGGAUUUUCGAACCAAGGCCCAGUACUAAGUCAAGGCAUGAAUACUCAACCUUCCGCAGAGCGUACGGGCUCAACUGUCACUAGGAGCCAGCUGGAGCAGGUCGCAUCUACAAAGGAGACGGUCAAGGAUGUUGUCGUUGCUGAGAGCGAGGCUCCUUCAACGAGCGAGCAUGGCGACUUAGAUCACAGCUCAAAGAUUCCAUUAAAGAUGAAGCUAAUUGCUCUUUUGUUGGUAACGGCAACUGGUUUUGGAUCCCACUGGAGUAGUGGGGUGACUGGUGCGAUGAAGAGCACAUUGAAAAAGCAAUUGCAUAUCAAUAAUGCCCAAUUCUCUGUACUCGAAGCUAGCGAAGAUUUCAUGAAGACCGCCUUGAUCCUCCUCAGUGGUCUCGUCACGGAUAGGAUCGGCGGUGCAAGCGCUAUGCUAUGGGGUAACGCAAUAUACAGCACUGGUGCGAUCUUCGUCGCGGCUGCCACCACCGUCCGAUCAUACAGAUUCAUGAUCUUUGGCGUCGUUGUCCAAGCGUUCGGCGAUAUUGCUACGCAGGUCGCUCAGUACAAGAUCUUUAGCUCAUGGUUCGCUCCUUCAAACGGCUUUGCUUCGACCCUUGGCUUCCAACUCGGCGUCGGCAAGAUCGGAUCUUUUGUUGGCAAAGCGACUGCAAAUGUGAUUGCUAAGAACACCGGUGACUUCAGCUGGGUAUACUGGACUGCCGUUUUCAUGAACCUCUUCACCAACGUUACAACGGUUGUAUACUGGUACUUCACACGAUGGUGUGCCAAGAAGUAUACCGGCACUUAUGAUCCUGCGACUGGUGAAAAGCUCACAGAAAGCAACAAGAAAUUCGAGGUCAAAAAAGUCCUUCAACUGCCGUGGCCCUUCUGGAGCAUCGUUGGUUUCUCACUUUUUCAAACCAGCACUGCUGUGAUCUUCUCGCAGAACUCAACCGAGUUGGCCGAGAAACGGUUCAAUAUGGACGCUGUCAAAGCAGGUUGGUAUUCCUCCAUGGCACAGUACCUGGGCUUCUUCCUGGUACCACUCAUUGGAAUCUUUAUCGACCUCCUUGGAAAUCGCAUUACCCUGAUGCUUGUCUGCGGCCUGGGAAUGCUCCUAUCCAUGUGUUUAGCAGCGUGGGGACCAACGUACGCUGGCACCGCAGCCUCUUUUGGAAUAUAUGGCGUCGCAUUCACAUUUGGUCCGACUGUCAUCAUCGACUCAAUCCGCACCUCAAUGUGGCACCAGGAAGUUUUUGGCUCGGCCUAUGCUGUCAAGAUUGCCGUCAACAACAGUAUGAGUAUCAUCGUUCGCAUUAUCACUGGCGUCAUCCAAGAUCGUGACAAUGACUCCUAUGAUAAUGUAGUCAUUGUAUACGUCGUACUUGCCGCUGGUUCUGUACUGGUUGCCGCUACUUUGUUUAUCGGGAGUUAUUGGACCGUAGAUCUCAAACACCUCCAAUGGACCAGGAAGCAGAGGAUCGCAAAGGGUGACGUGAUCAAUGAGCGCAGAGAACAGUUCGGUUGUGGAGCCGAGGGUUAUAGAAAUAGGAGAGUCAGCAUGUCGCUCUUCAUUGCGCUGUUGUUCCUGAUUCUGGGUGCGUGGGCAGCAUACUUCUGGGGUGUCGCUACGGGUAACAACGACUGA